AUGGGGCAGGUAGGCAUUGUGAUUGAGAUGGUUAUCUGUCUGACACUCUUGGAGCAGGAUAUCACUAGUUAUGACUUUGGUGAUUAUGGUGGGCUCUCACCCACUUCCCUGGGUCCUAAAUGCCAUUGGAACUGAGAAGAUACAACAGGUGAUUUCUUAUGAAUGUCUAAAGUUUUCCCACUGAGCCUGUACGUGGAUACAUUUAUCAGCAAAUUGCUGCAUUUGGUAAUGUGCAGCAGAGGCUCUUCGUCUUUGCCUUGUGGUGUGCAGAGGCAAGGCUCGUGAGACAAUUUCCUGGUGACAAUGCCAAACACACACACACACACAUGCGCGCACACAGUUUUGUCUGCCUCACGACACAGUUCCCUGAAUCAAGAAGCAUUGCAAAAUAACGUUUGCAGAGAAAAAAGAAAAGAAAAGAAAACAGGAAGUGGUGAUGUUAUCCACAUCAAGACGCACAGAUAACCGCCCUUGUCUCAAGCAAGCAUUCCUUGCUGCGGGUCUCUCCAGAUCCUUUGGAAGGGUAAGUUCUGUUCUGGGACUGGGGAAGAAGGAUAGCUGAUUCACCAAGGUCCAGUCUUUCUGAGCUUUGUGCACCUUGAUCACUGAACCCAGAGCAGCUGGGCUGAUCCCUUGUGCUCCAUCUUGACCACUGAGAUCAUCUGAUGGGACACGUCUUGGGGUUUCUCAGGCAGGGCUUUGCUUGGCACAGGGCCUUGUGGGUGGCAGGCCCUACUCUGGAACUCCCUGUCGGCAGAUGAGGUUCAGCAGGUGCUUCAGGUUACAGACGCUUCAAGUUACAGACUCCGCUAACCCAGAAAUAGUACCUUGGGUUAAGAACUUUGCUUCAGGAUGAGAAGAGAAAUCGUGCUCUGGCGGUGUGGCAGCAGCUGGAGGCCCCAUUAGCUAAAGUGGUGCUUCAGGUGAAGAACAGUUUCAGGUUAAGAACGGACCUCCAGAAUGAAUUAAGUUCUUAACCCGAGGUACCACUGUAGUUGCAUGAAGUGGGAAAUGUGGUGGGGGUGGCAGGAGGUAGGUGGGCAGAGCCAGCCCCCAGGACACACAUAACUUCGCAGAGUCACCCCCCCAAAUAGAAUGCCUGGGUUCAACCCCCCCCCACUUGGCCAUCACGAAGCUCCCAGGAGGUCAUGGUCUUGGGGGCCAGCCACUGCCUCUCAGUCUAACCUACCUCACAGGGUUGAUGUGGGGUUUAAAUGAGGAGGGCAAGAACCAUCUAUGCCACCUUGAGGUCCUCAAGAGAACGGGUGGGAUAGAAAGGCAAUAAGAAAGUGAAUAAGAUUAAGCCUUGAGAUGUGAAAGAUGGCAACUUGUGAUUAGAUAGCCCCUGAGCAUCUAACCCAGUGCUCUUGUUGUUUUAAAUGAGCUAAUAACAACAAUAAUAAUAAUUUAUUAUUCAUACCCUGCCCAUCUGGCUGGGUUUCCCCAGCCACUCUGGGCGGCUUCCUAAACAAUAUUAAAAUACAGUAAUACAGUAAUCAAACUUCCCUAAACAACGAUUGUUGCACUCAGUGCAGAAAUCAGGGAAAGGCUGUAAUAUGGUCCAGUGCUUCCCCCCCAAGACAAAUACAGCGGAACCUCAGUUCUCGAACUUCUCCGUUGACCAGCGCUUUGGAACCUGAACGCCAAAAACCCGGAAGGAAAUGCUUCCAUUUUCAAAGGCGCCUCAGAAAUCGAAUGGCUUCCGCUGCAUGUUUUUCAAUUUUCUCAGAUGAAUUUGCUGACGUGCCUUGGUUUCCGAACGUUUCGGAAGUCGAACGGUCUUCCUGAAUGGAUCACAUUGAAAACUGAGGUUCAGCUGUAAGCGCUGGAACUUGCCAUGAAGUGGUUAGAGUAAGUCGACUUGGGGCAGCCCUGAACAGAUGUUGGUUUGACUACAACCGGGUUCUCCACUGGUAGAGGUGCUCUCAAGUAUGGCAAGCUGUCUCCCUCACUACUUUGGGAGUUGCUCCUGGUUGCUCCUGGUUCUGGUGCAGGUCAGUUAAAUGUGCCCUGACUCCCUCCUGCUCUAGGCCAGCCUGGAAGAGAGCCCUUUUGCAAAAGCGCAUGCAUGCAAUGGGAGAGGCCUGGCUAGAGAACUUAAAGCUGGCUGUUGCUACAGGGGAGUUGGAUUGAAGAAAAGGAAAUAAGAAUUGGCUCCACUCCACUGGAGAGACCUGUCAGGAGUAAGCCUGGACCAAUGGUACCAAAUAGUAUGGGAAACAGCCCUACUAGAAAAACUAACCAAUAAGCUGAAACUGACACGGGGACAAAUAGAAGAAGACACCUUCACCCGGUAUGGUUCUUAACCCGAGGUACCACUGUAGUUGCAUGAAGUGGGAAAUGUGGUGGGGGUGGCAGGAGGUAGGUGGGCAGAGCCAGCCCCUAUGACACACAUAACCUCGCAAAGUCAUCCCCCCAAAUAGAAUGCCUGGGUUCAACCCCCCCCCCACUUGGCCAUCACGAAGCAUCACAGGAGGUCACCCACAGCGCCACACGCAUCCCUAAUGCAGGCGAAUAUGUAGCAUCAAAAAAGGAAGUGCAGGAUGUACUGUAUAGUGGUGAUAAGGGGACAGGAAGUGUAUUUGGAGGGAUGGAGCCUGACAUGAGCGUGAUGAAGGAAAUCACACCCCCUCCACUCCUCAGUGGCUCUCCUGGACUUGCACCACAUGCCACCUUUUGUGCCUUUGCAGGAGAAGGAAAGCGGAAGUCUUGCUUCUUGAACCACCACUUCAAAUUGCUUCCGCAAUAAAGUUGUUGAUGCAUCUAUCUGUCCACCGCAGGCCAAGAUGACUGUGGGAGGUUCAAGCGAAGGCUCCUCACCCUCUUGGGGGUCCUCAUCGGCUUGUUCUUUGGUGAGUUACCAGAGGUUCACCUCAGAGGUUUCCCUGGAUAGGUUUUCUUUAAAAUGUAUGAGCAAUCACACGGGCUGCUUAAACAGAUUGGGAAUAUGUUUAUGAAAUAUAUUCGGAGUCGAGAGUGGAUUUCCUGCUCUUUAUUCAGCUCCUAGUGGUGAGGAGGAAUGGAAGUUCUCCUAGAAUGUCUGCUUUCUAUACAUUAUUUACACAAUGGGCCCCAUGUGAUUGGCUAAUUCUGGGAUUAACCUGUAGGCCAAUCAGGUUGCGGAUUCACUUCCACCUGGAGCUGGAUUGGGUGGCUCCUGUGGACCAAUCAGACUGCUGCAUUCUGGGUCCUAUUGUUCUAGGACCAAUCAGACUACUGCGUUGUGGAUCCUAUUCAACUCAGUACAUAACAGUUUAACUCUGUCAUAUGCCAUUUUCCCGGCCAAAAUCCUCCCUAAAAACAGGCGCUGUUAGACUCUGUGUGCCAGGGGCCUCUCUUCAAAAGCCUCAGGAGCUAUUAGGUUGCGGUGGCUGAAUAGAUCCUUCAUGUUCAGAGGCACUCUACCUUGGAAUAUCAUUCACUGCCGGGGGGGGGGGGGAGAGGCAGAGAGAGGCAGAAGAGAGCAAGGAACACCUUAUGCUUUUACGCCCCGCUGUUUGGUUUCCAGAGACACCUGGUUGUCCGAAGUGGAAAGCAAAGUGAUGGGCCAGACAGAGCUUUGACUGGGUGGGAGUUAUUCUUCAUUUUCAAAAAAAUCAUUUUUAUAUUUACACAAUAAUAUUUAAGAAAAUACAAACCAUACAUUUAUCAUUGACUUCCCUCGCCCCCGUCUCCCCCGCCCCCAGUUCGUUUUAUUAAACAUUUGCCACUGCAUAUUUUGAUUUUUCUGCAUUCUCUCUUUCCUAGUUUUAUUUCAGUAUCAUCAUCAUCACUUUUAAUUUGUAUCCCGUCUUUCUAUCUUACAAUACUCAAGGUGGUUUACAAGCUGAAGAAACAAAGAAUGUACACCUUAUAACAAUCUAAUGCAAUACAAAAAUGUGAUAAUAAAACAGCUUUAAAAUAAGCGUUCUACAUAUACUUCAUACUGCUGAAUUUAUCCUAAUCCUGUUAUCAUUUUAAUAUGUUAACAAUGCCAGUCAGCGCAGACACUGCUGAGUAUAAUGGUCUGACUGUAUAAGGCAGCUUCCUAUGUUCCUAUGCAUAGCUGUCAACUGUCCCUUAUUUGGCGGGAAACUCCCUUAUCCCGCUACUGUCCUUUAUUGAUGAUGUCCCUUAAAUUUCCCGGGUUUCAAAGGAAGCAGCUCCUCUCCCUCCCUCCCUGCUGGCCAGGGAGGAGGGAGGCUCCAACUGUGUUGCUUGGCUGCGUUGCUCACCCAAUAAGGAGUCUAAGAACGACUGGGGGGUGGAGCUUGCAUGCCUUGUGCCGAUCAAAUCGGCCGUGUUGCUGGGGACUCACCUUUGCUCAGCGCUUCCCAACGGAGAGGUGACGCUGGUUUUCCUUGCUGUGUCCCCUUUGCCGGGUUGCUGCGCUGUGGGAACCACCACUUGAGGCUUCGUUUGGCUGCUGGAUGACUAAAAUCCCUUAUUUUGGCUGCUGAUCCCUUAUUUUCGAGGCUGCUGGUCCCUUAUUUUCAAAUCUGUAAGUUGACAGCUACGUUCCUAUGUUCCUAUGAUCCAAGAUGCAGCCACCAACUUGCACAGCUUUCAAAGAGGAAGAGAUGGAAGGAGGAGAUGGUUGUCAGCCUCAAUGGAUAUGUUUCCCUCCCACUGUUGGACGCAGCAAUGCUUCUGAAGACCAGCUGCUGAAGCCCCAGAAGGGGAGAAUAGCGGUUGUGCUCAGGUCUUGCUUGUGAGCUUCCCUUUGGGGUACCUGGUUGGCUACCAGGAUGCUGGACUAGAUGGGCCCCAUUGGCCUCAUCCACUACGCUCUUCUCAUGUUCUUAUGGAUCAGCAUAUUGCCCAAACCAAUAGCCCCAAAUACAACCCUCUCCAAGCUUUACAUCAUGUCUCGGAAGACCAAUUUCCUCUUCUUCUUCUUCUUCUUCUUCUUCUUCUUCUUCUUCUUCUUCCUCUUCCUCUUCCUCUUCCUCUUCCUCUUCCUCUUCCUCUUCCUCUUCCUCUCCUCCUCCUCCUUGAUUUUCUCCUUCUCCUUCUCCUCCUUGAUUUUCCUCUUCUUUCUUGACCUUCUUGAUUUUUUCCUCCUCCCCCUCCUCCCCCUUUUCCUCCUUCAUUUUCUUGUUCUCAUUCUCAGGAUCUUCUUCUUCUCCUCAACUUUUUCUUCUUCCUCUUCUUCAUUAGGUGCUGUUGCUAACCCGGAAAAAGGUCCUCUUCAUCAGGUUACUGGGAUGGCUGGAAAACCAGUCCUUUUCCCUUUAAACAUAACCGCUGGGAAAACUGUGCUGAUGAUCAAAUGGGACUUAUACCCCCAAAAUGGCACCCCCUUUGAGCUUGCUGUGCUCAGGAACGGACAACUGAGGACUUCUAACCUGAAAGACAUGGACAGACUAGACGUGCUUAAUGAGACCACGCUGCGGAUCAAGGCCUUGCAGGAAAACGAGACUGGGGUUUUGAACUGUCGAGUGACAUACACCACCUCCAAGAUGGAAAUAUUCUCAUUCAAUCUCACUGUCUCUGGUAAGUCACGACGAAUCUGUCCAUUUUUGUCCAUCCUUCUGAGCAAUUAAUAAGAUGGCUGCAACUUUUCCCUUGACAGUUCCUGCACCAGAGAGUGACCCACCUGAUGUGCCCAGCGUUUCCCAAAGUGAAGGUAAGCAAUUCAUUGCUCCCCUACCUCAUUCUCCACAUUUUCUGCCUGGGAAAUUUAAGCAUUCAUAUAUAAUUCAUAGGGACGCGGGUGGCGCUGUGGGUUAAACCACAGAGCCUAGGACUUGCCGAUCAGAAGUUUGGUGGUUCGAAACCCUGUGACGGGGUGAGCUCCCAUUGCUUGGUCCCUGCUCCUGCCCACCUAGCAGUUCGAAAGCAAGUGCAAGUAGGUAAAUAGGUACCGCUCCGGCGGGAAGGUAAACAGCGUUUCCAUGCGCUGCUCUGGUUCGCCAGAAGCGGCUUAGUCCUGCUGGCCACAUGACCCGGAAGCUGUAUGCCGGAUCCCUUGGCCAGUAAAGCAAGAUGAGCGCUGCAAGCCCAGAGUCGGUCACAACUGGACCUAAUGGUCAGGGGUCCCUUUAUCUUUACCUUAAGUUGUGUUUUGCUGGAAAUUCUGUUGUGUGUAACAGAAUUUGCACCCUGUUCUCUCGAAACUGAAGUGUUUUCAGUGUUCCUACAUGCUUAGCUUUGGAGCACACAGAGCAGCUCUGCCUCAGUGCCCCCCUUGUCCCCCCUUGCCUCUUAUUCCGCAGCCUGCCAGGGGUGCUGGCACCCACUCUGGGAACUACUGAGUUAAAGCUAUUUCCAAAUGCGUACAUACCAUGCAGGGACAGUUAUUAAUUCACACCAUUAAGGUGCACCAAAUGCCUGAGUUUUUAUCACUUCGAUGGCUUUGUCCUGUCCAGCAAUCUAUAAACAUUUUAAUAGAACAAAAUCCUUCAGUUUAAAGCUAUGGAGAACUUAAUAGUUUUGGAUUGCACAUUGAACCCAUUUGCUUAUUUUCAUCAUUUAAUACCCUCAUUUUACCUUGGGAUGCGCAAACUGGCAUUUCGAUUGCAGAAGCCCCUAAGGAAUAACGUUUGUUCAUUGCAGGGGAAUGGAGGAAGACCCUGGUGUGGUUCAUUGUUGCCAUGACGGUUGCAGGUUUUCGCUUCAUGCAAAUAGUUUCCAGAAGGUCUGAAAGAGGUAGGGAAGAUGCGUGUAUUUGUUUAUUCAUAAGACUUCUCACCUGCCCUUCGCCAUAAGGUCCCAGGGUGGGUUACAGCCAGGCCUAGGCCAUUGUAAGGACAGAUUAGAAAGGACCCAACCAAAAUGAUGAUGAUGGGGAUGGAACAACUCCCUGAUGAAGAACGGUUGCAGCAUUAGUGAGGCGAGGAAGAGGCUGUCAAGAAUGCUGCUCAUAUGGAUCCAGAGCAGAUCCCAAUGUAUAGUUAGCAGAGUAAAAACUUAAAACACGUUGCAGGAUUCCCCCCAAAAUAGACCAGAGGCAAUUCGUAUUUCAUUCAGCAAAGCUACUGAAGGCAAAAGAGCAUAAUGGUCACAAAUCCAUAUACAUUCAGAAUGGUCCAUAAGAAACCCAGUUGCAGCACACUUAACUUAAAACUUUGAGAGAGCCAGCGUGGUGUAGUGGUUAAGAGCGGUGGACUCGUAAUCUGGUGAACCGGGUUCGCUUCCCCGCUUCUCCACAUGCAGCUGCUGGGUGACCUUAGGUUAGUCACACUUCUCUGAAGUCUCUCAGCCUCACUCACCUCAGAGUGUUUGUUGUGGGGGAGGAAGGGAAAGGAGAUUGUUAGCUACUUUGACACUCCUUCAGGUAGUGAUAAAGCGGGAUAUCAAAUCCAAACUCUUCUUCUUCUUCUUCUUCUUCUUCUUCUUCUUCUUCUUCUUCUUCUUUCAAUAACUUAUAGUAAGACUAAAAGCUUAACACUAAGCAUACUAUAAACAGAACACCACACCAAAUGCAAACUGACAGAGGCAACACAAUAGAAGUUCACUAAAAAUGUACAUGGCAUGGAAAAAGUGGUUAGAGAAAGGGUUUUCUCCCUCUGUCAUCACACUGGAAUUUUUUGGCCUCUGACAAAGCUGAACAUCAGAAGAUUCUGGACAGACAGAAGGCAGCCCUCCUUCACACAAACUAUGGAACCCCCUGGCACAGCAUCCACCAGCAUGGAUUCCUUUAAGAGGAGAUGAUAGACAUUCAUGGAGGACAGGGCUGCUAUUGAUGGCUGCUAGCCACAACGGCUACACUCUUGUCUCCACAGUUGGAGGCAACAGUGCUUCUGAAGACCAGUUGCUGAAGGCCACAGGAGAGGUCAGAUCCUGAUUGUGGGUUUCAGCCACUGUGAGAAGAGGAUGCUGGGCUAGAUGGGCUGCUGGCCUGAUCCAGCAAGCUCUUCUUGUAUUCUUAUGUACUUAUGACUCCCUGCCUGAAACCCUCAAGAGCUCUUCCUGGUUCAAGUAGGCGAUAUUGAGCUGGAUGGACCAGUGCCUGAGGAAGGACAAGGCAGCUUCCUCUGUCCUACCAUGAAGGCAUUUGGUACAACUCUGCCGGGGGGGGGGAGUUCCACAAUUUGGGGGCCACCCCCUCUGCUCUCUUGAGGAUAUAGGGAGGCUGACUGGUCAAUGCAGUGACAUGACCUGUAUGUAUUUCAUUACACCCCACAGUGCCGAAUAAUAGAACUCCCCUGAUCUUCAUUAUGGGGAAGAAGCAGAGGAAGAAGAGAAGAUCCUCCACAGACAAGAAUUGUGACCAGGUGAGGUGAUCUUGCAGAGCAGCGUGUAAUAAAUGAAAAUCUGCCCUUAUUCCCUUAUGGGGGACACAAGAGCCCUUAUAGAGUCCUUUGCAGGUUCUCCAUCGGUCGGAGGAAAAAACAGAGGCCAAGCAGAGAACCUUGAGAAGCAAAGCAGCUAGUAAGCCUGAUCUUUAUUGAACUGUUGCAACAGGGUGCCCCCUCACAUGCAGAAGGAGGAGGACUCAGAACCCAGGUGUGCCUUAUAUAGACAUUUUAAAUUGCCCGUCCUGGAGUCAAAGACCACCUCCAGAAACACCAUACCUACAUCACAGAAAGGGCGGGCUAAAGCAGAAAUCUGAGUGGGUUGUUUACCUCCUGUCUGGCAAGUCACCUGUUAAUGCUUAUUGGAUUGGAUACCCUGGGGAGCCUGGCCAGUCUUUUGUAAUGAUAAAUAUUUAGUUCCUGAGCCAGGUCACAAGCUCACCCUAUUCAUACACAGACAUACCCUUAAGACAGGAUUUGUGAAGGAAAAGACAAUGGGGAGGCUCCUCCAUUUGACCUUGCAGAGAAAACACCUGGUCAGCCUGGGAGUCAAAAUGGCUCCAUAGCUGCUCUCCUGUGCAGCUUCAACAUGUGGCCUAUAUAUCUAUGUACGCGUUUGCUUGGCACAUUUAUGAACCUUUAUUAUAUACAUAAGACCUUAACUUAUUUAUUUCAGGCGGAACACUGGGGUGCUUUUCAUUCACUCCCUCCAUCAGGUGGUGCAUGCACUGAUAGGAACAGAGCCCAAACCAGGAGGAGGUCUCCAAAUGUUUGGGAGAACCUCAAAGUUUGCUGAAGAAGACAUUAAAAGUGAAGGAGGCAAAUGAAGCCCAGAAUUAGGCUUCCUAGCAGGGGAAGAGGGAACCAGGCUGGGGCCCUCCAGAUAUUGAUGGACCCCAGUUCCCAUCCUGCUCCCCGACCAAUGGUCCUGCUGGCUGCUGGGGCUGAGAGGAGUGGGGAGUCCAGCAACCAUGAUGGUCCUUUCAGGCCAAAUUGCCCCCCCCGCAACAGCCCCGUGCCACAAAUUCCAGUAACGCGUGCCAACGCGGGCCAGAACGGUGGGAGCCGUAACGAGUCACAUGGACUGAGCCCCAAAAAGAAACACGACACAAACUUCUCAUCACAAAUCUGUGUGUAUAAAUAUGCACCACCUGCCUCAGAGGUCAGGAAAGAGACACACACAGAGAGGUGGUUUAUUUGGUUGGCCUAAUAAAGUUAUUAUGGGACGCGGGUGGUGCUGUGGGUUAAACCACAGAGCCUAGGACUUGACGAUCAGAAGGUUGGCGGUUCGAAUCCCCACGACGGGGUGAGCUCCCGUUGCUCGGUCCCUGCUCCUGCCAACCUAGCAGUUUGAAAGCACCUCAAAGUGCAAGUAGAUAAAUAGGUACCACUCCGGCGGGAAGGUAAACAGCGUUUCCGUGCACUGCUCUGGUUCACCAGAAGUGGCUUAGUCAUGCUGGCCACAUGACCCGGAAGCUGUACACCGGCUCCCUUGGCCAGUAAAGCGAGAUGAGCACAGCAACCCCAGAGUCAGUCACGACUGGACCUAAUGGUCAGGGGUCCCUUUACCUUUACCUAAUAAAGUUAUUGCCCUUUGGAUUUUUUCCCUACAGGCCAGACUUUACUAUUUUUGGAUGAGUGGGACAUGGUUUCCAGAAACGUUUUAAAAAGAAAUGUAGAACAGAUAAAGUGGAAGGAAGAUGCUCAUUGAUCCAGUAGCAGAGCACACUGUCCAGGGUUCGAUUAAUGCUUGACUUGUUCAGGUGGACUUGGGUCACCUGGAUCUUUUCUAAGCUGCUGCCUGGGCCUGCAUCUGGAUCCGGUCAGGUCCUGCAUAGCUGGUCCUUCGUUCUUCAGCUGCUCAGUUUAUUCAUAGCUGGUUCUUCAUACUGGAGUGGCUCGGAUUCUGCACAGCUUGUUCUGUUUCUCUCUGUCCUUGCAGGUGGAUCAGAAUGGAGACGAUAAGAGGUAA